CCCCGCACACGCACACGGAAGCCCCUUUAGCCUCGCUUCCUUACCCCCAGGCCGGACGGUUCACGAGGCUUUGACCCGCAGCACGAUGACUUCUGAGACCCACCAAGAAACCGUGGCGCUGGAGCAGCCAGAAAACACCGAGGCAACGUCGAUUGUGGUGGAAGUCGUCGUUGUGGGGAGAGAUGGGUUGUUUCGCUCCAUGCUGCGCGGCCUCUUCUGGCCCUUCGGCCUCGUGAUGCGCACAUACCGCGGGUUUUGGUGGAUGCUGGGCUACCGGCAGCCCCAGGAGAGCGUCCUCCUCAGCCCCGCGGUCCGCAGUCCCGCACGCCAGAGCCUCUCCGGCCGCAAGCGCCUGCACAGGGUCACCCGCAUGCUGCUGUCCGUCCUGCCCCGCUGGGUGCAGAGCGUCCUGGGCUACCCGGUGUCCAGCAGCAUUGGACGCUCCCUCUCACCAGAAAUCAGAGUCUCUCCUACUAAACCUUGUGGAAAGGGCAGCAAGAGAAAGCAGGAUGAGUUGGACGAGGAUGAGGAAGACGAGAAUCAGACCUGGGUGGAGGUACUCAAUCAGCAGCUUGCUGACGACGACGACGACGAAGAUCCCGACUAUGAGCCCAGUACCAUUGACGUUGAUAGUGAAGAGUACAACUCGCACAACGGCACAGAAAGUGACUUGGAGCUUCAGGGGCAAAGCGUCAUCAUUGAAGAUUUGAACACGGGUCUUUAGAUGUCUGCUCCAUCUGAAGACUCUUGCCCUGCUGUUUAAUUUGUCCUGUUGACAAAGUUGUAGUUCAGUGUUUUUGUAUGUUUAUAUAAUAAUUCAAUAAAAUGUGUCCUUUGCCUUGACAUUGCUGUGGCCUCCCACUAGAUGGCAGUAAUGUUUUUUCUGUUCUACAACUGAGCUGACAGGAGUGAGGAAUGUUGGUAUAAUCAGUAUUUCUUAUACAAUUUGUCAAAAUGCAGUUGGUGCAUGUGACUCAAUACAUUUUAAAACGUGUUUAUUUGCAAAUACUGUAAUUUUCAAAUUGCUCAACUUGAUGCCUGUUUUUAGGUUGCUCUAAAAUGUUGUUGGGUUUCUGCAGCUUGAAACUAACCUGAUGUGAUUAAAAAUAAAUGUUGCACUU